GCCUUCUCGUCCCAAGCAACUUUACUCUCGUGGAUGAUUACUCCAUAUAACAAUGGCCCCAGAAUACUUGGUUAAAAUAGACCUCAACAAACCAGCUUAUGAGCAGGAAGGUGUGCACAAUCGGUGGCAUCCUGAUAUUCCUGCUUAUAAGACCAUCUCACAGAACAAGUCGUACAAGAUUGAAUGCUUUGACUGGACUGGAGGUCAAGUUGGGAACAAUGACUCGGCAGAUGAUAUCAAAUAUGCAGAUUUGACAAGAAUUCACUACCUCUCUGGUCCAUUUAGCGUUGAAGGUUGUGAGCCAGGUGACGUUUUGAAAGUCCAACUUCAAGAUGUUCAACCUUUGGAGAGACAACCGUGGGGUUACUGUGGAAUCUUUGCAAAGGAAAAUGGUGGUGGGUUCUUGGAUAAACAUUAUCCCAAAGCUGCAAAAGCAAUCUUUGAUUUUGAAGGUAUCUACUGUACUUCAAGACAUAUACCAGGAGUGAAAUUCCCUGGAAUUUGUCAUCCUGGAAUCAUCGGUGUUGCACCAAGUCAUGAUGUGUUGAAAGAGUGGAAUACCAGGGAAUCACAGCUGGUUAAUGAGAAUCCAGAUGCAGAUUUUGUCAUGGCGAAUCUUCCAAACGAUAAAGGUGUCUUCGCUGGAACAAAGGCGUCGAAGGAGGUUAUCGAAUCUGUAAAGUUCAACGGUGCCCGCACAAUCCCUGGUAGGCCAGAAAAUGGAGGUAAUUGUGACAUCAAAGCGUUGACAAGAGGUUCCGUGGUUUAUCUACCAACGUACCUUCCUGGUGGACUCUUGAGUAUUGGUGAUCUUCACUUCUCACAAGGCGACGGAGAAAUAUCAUUCUGUGGGGCCAUUGAGAUGGCAGGCUGUGUCACAUUUGAGGUGAGUGUGAUCAAAAAUGGGAUGGAGAAACUGAACAUGAAGAGCCCAAUGUAUCUUCCAAGUAAUGUUGAGCCAACUUUUGGACCUGAUAGAUACCUCACAUUUGAAGGGUUCUCUGUCAAUGAAGAAGGGAAACAGUUGUGCCUCGAUACAACCGUUGCUUAUAGGCAGACUUGUCUCAGAGUGAUUGAAUACCUCAGAAGAUUUGGUUACAACGAUUAUCAGAUCUAUUUGUUAUUGUCAACUGCUCCCAUUCAAGGUCACAUUGCAGGUAUUGUUGAUGUUCCGAACUCUUGUACUACAAUUGGACUCCCAAUGGAUAUAUUUGAGUUCGAUAUCUCUCCUGAAGCUGAGGUCCAGAAGAAAGAUAUGGGGAAUUGUGCAUUUGCUACUGAUGAUUUGGAAGAGGGAUUCCCACUUACCGAUGAAUUAGCUAACAAGUUCCUUGAUAUCAUCAAGUCCACCAGAGGUUGUGGUCAUUAGUAACUUUAAGUAUUUAAAGAAGAG